AUGGCCACAAUCUUCACCCCCGGCAAGAUCUACCCCCUCGCCCUCCUCCUCCGCCUGGCCCUGCUGCUCUACGGCACCUACCAAGACGCCCACUCCGCCCUCAAAUACACCGACAUCGACUACCUAGUCUUCACCGACGCGGCGCGCUUCACCGCCGCCGGCGGCAGCCCCUACGACAGAGCCACCUACCGGUACACCCCGCUCCUAGCGUGGGUCCUCCUCCCCACGACGUGGACCGGGGCGGGGUGGUUCGCCUUCGGCAAGGUACUGUUCGCGGCAGCGGACGUGGUCGCGGGGUGGUUGCUGGCGCGGACGCUGGCCGUGCACCAGGGGAUGGCACCCGCGCGGGCGCUGCGGUACGCCAGCGUGUGGCUGCUGAAUCCCAUGGUGGCCAAUAUCAGCACGCGGGGCAGCUCGGAGGGGGUGUUGGGGUUGCUGACUGCCGGGGUGGUGUAUUUGGUUCUCGGGUGCGGUAGCACCGGCAGCAGCAGCAGCAGCAGCACCAUCCGGGGGAUCGGUCGAGUGAUCGCCGCCGGGAUCGUGUUGGGGAUAGGCGUGCACGUCAAGAUCUAUCCGUUCGUGUAUGGGGUUUCUGUGCUGCUGUUUCUGGACAGCCGCCGGCAUCAGAACCACAACCAGAACCAGAAGAGAGGAACAGGAGUCCUGCAACAACGCCUCCGAAACGAAAUCACCCCAUCCCGCCUCACCUUCACAGCCUCCGCCCUCCUCACGUUCCUGGGAUUAAACGCCCUCAUGUACCACCACUACGGCCGGGACUUCCUGCAGCACACCUUCCUGCAUCAUCUCACCCGCAUCGACCACCGCCACAACUUCUCGGUCUAUGCUUCUUUGCUGUAUGAUUCUGCUGCUGCUGCUACCGCCGCAGGUGCCCCCGACGGUGCUACCGGAGCCGCAGCCGCAGCCGUAGAGAAAGUCCGCAUCGAAAGCUGGGCCUUCCUCCCCCAACUCCUCCUCUCCGUCCUCGUGAUUCCGUUCGCACUCGCUAAACGGUCCCUCCCCGGAGCCAUGCUGGCGCAAACGUUUGCGUUUGUGGCGUUCAAUAAAGUCUGUACGAGUCAGUACUUCCUCUGGUAUCUGAUCUUCCUGCCGCUGUAUCUGCCGUACUCGUCUUUCUUACGAAAGCCGCGGCUCGGGGUGGGUGCGUUGGGCGCGUGGGUUGUUGCGCAGGCCCUCUGGCUGCAACAAGGGUAUAACCUCGAGUUCCUGGGGCUGUCGACGUUCGUGCCGGGAUUGUUUGUGGCGUCGCUGGGGUUCUUCGCGGUCAAUGUGUGGAUUCUCGGAGUGAUUGUGCAGGAUGUGGGGGGGUUGGAGGCCGGGGGUGGUGGGUACUAG